UGGAUAAGUGAAGGUAGGGCCAUCCCAAGCUUGAACUACGGACAACCAUCUUCGCCCCACUUCCAUUUUAAUCACAAAAAAAAGGCUUAGCUUUCUCUCAAAUUAAUAAUUAAAAAUGGAGAGUAGUACCCUUAGCUUCCGUAGUUGCACUCAGCCUCAGUUCCCACUACAAUCAACGUCUUUCCCUCCUCAAUUCCCUAAAAAAUUCCAAUUCUUGAGAGUACAUAAAUCGAAGCCUUUGAUUGUUAAGGCUUUAGGGACGGGAGAUAAUGAUAAUAAUAAUAAUGGGAACUUUGAAGAUUUACCUAAUAAGAUUUUUAUGGAAGAGGCAAUUGGUGCCGAAUAUGGAGAAGGCUUCGAGACAUUUAGACCCAAUGGACUGCUCAAAGUUGAUGUGGAUUUUUUGAACGAUAGACUGCAAGAGGGUUUCCUCAGAAGAAUCCGUUAUGCGAUGAAGCCUGAUGAAGCUUAUGGGCUCAUUUUCUCUUGGGAUAAUGUGGUGGCAGAUUCUCGGGCUCUGAAGUUGGAUGCCUGGAAUCAACUUGCCUCUGAAGAAGGAUUAGAGAUUCCUGGAGAUGGUAGCGUGCAGCGGCUGUUACUUUAUGGAGCUGCAGAUGAUGCUCUGCAUAAGGUGCUUUUAAGAAAGAAGAAUGAAGCUGAUCGAGAUCGAUUGAAGACAAGGCUUUCCCAACUCUAUUAUGACAAUCUUCUCAAAAUUUCAGAACCAAUUGAAGGGUUGAAAGAAUGGUUGGAUGCUGUAUCCACUGCUCGUAUCCCUUGCGCUGUUGUGUCAAGUCUUGAUCGCAGAAAUAUGGUUGAAGCUUUAGAGCGCAUGGGGCUCAUGAAGUACUUCCAGGCAAUUGUGACAGAGGAGGAUGGAAUGGAGUCUAUAGCACAUAGAUUUCUUUCUGCAGCUGUGAAGCUGGACAGAAAGCCAUCGAAGUGUGUGGUGUUUGAGGACGAUCCUAGGGGCAUAACUGCUGCUCACAACUGUACAAUGAUGGCUGUAGCACUUAUUGGUGCUCACCCAGCGUACGUUUUAGGACAAGCUGACCUUGCUGUAGGUGGCUUCAGUGAGCUUUCUGUGAUAAAUCUCAGGAGAUUAUUUGCACAUAAAGGCUCCAAUUUUAUGGACCUAGAGAAGCAAAUAGCGGAAAAAGCACCGCAGAGAAGGAAGCUUACAAUUGACACCAUUUUCUGAGCCAGUUUAAUAGAGUCUUCCUCCUACUCCUACCUGUAAAUGCCAUUUUAGUGUAGAAUCUGUAGAUCUUGCUGUCCCUUGCUUUCAUUCAUUCUUUAGAUAAAUAUAGCUGGCAGAAGAUGAUUUACCUUCGGGUAAUCUGUAACUCAGAAAUUCUUUUCUUGUCUUUUUUUUUUUUUUUUUUUUUCUGUUCGUGUGAUCGAGCCGUUCAAUUCAAACUGUCAUCUGCCAGCAGUGGUAGUGGACUUCCGAUCAAUGUCACGACUAACAG